UUUUGGCACUGAACCAAGAGAACACAAUGAUAGGGUGUGCAUUGUCCUUGACCAAUGUGCUGCCUCCUUCCCAUUUGAGCAUACACAUCAAGUUCAAGUCUUUUGCUUUCUCCAUUGCUGCAACUCACUCUCUCAUCCCAACACCAAAACCCUCUCUUCUCCUCUCAAUCAAUCAUUCAAAGUCCAAUUCACACUUCUCAUUUUCUGUUGCUGCUCAACAGCCACAACAAGUACAACCCGGUGAAGAAGAGAACAUUCAACUGGUCUCAGCUAUCAAAACUGAUUACAAUGACAUACUCAUAGUGGACACCCCAAAGGCUAGAAUGUUACUCCUUGAUUCAUCUUACAGUGUUCACAGUCUUCUUUACCAUGGGUCAAAAUGGACUUGUUCUUAUUGGGAUGAAUUUGCGAGCUUGCCAGCUGUUGUUCCGAAAGGUCCCAUUGCUAUCUUAGGUUUGGGUGGUGGAACUGCAGCUCAUCUGAUGCUUGACUUAUGGCCUUCACUGCAACUUGAUGGCUGGGAGAUUGAUCAAAUUUUGAUUGAUAAAGUGAGAGAUUAUUUUGGCUUAUCUGAUCUGGAGAAGAAAACAGAAGAUGGCGGGGUUUUAAAUAUUCAUGUUGGUGAUGUCUUCGUUCCCUCAAAGGAUCUUCACGGAAGAUAUGCUGGCAUUAUAGUUGACUUGUUCGCUGAUGGAAAAGUUUUACCUCAGCUACAAGAGGUUAGUACAUGGUUGCAAUUACAAGAGAGGUUGAUGGCCAAUGGUCGCUUCAUGGUAAAUUGUGGUGGUGUUGGUGGUGGGCCAAGUGCCACUGGUCCUGAAACUUUGUUAAGUGGUAAAUCAUGGUUAUUAAAUCCAGCUAUGAAAGCACUAUCCGAAGCAUUUCCUGGACAAGUAAGUUGGAAGAGAAUGCCAAAGGAAUAUGGUGCCAAUUUUAUGGCACUAACAGGACCAUUGCCUGAUUUGAACUCUUGGUCAGCUAGUGUCCCUUCUCCUCUGAGCCAAAGUGUGAAGAAUUGGAGACCUUUGUGAGCUGAGUUCUUGGAUUUUAUCUUACCUCUCCAUACCUAAUGAGAAAAUAUUUUUGUAGUGAAAAUUUUCUGAAACCAUUUGAAACUUUUUUUAAUCAAAAGUAAGAAUUUUAAUGCAUCAUCCUA